AUGUCCAUACGCACCUCUACAUCACACAGCCCAUCCCACCUGUCUGCCUUGGUGAGGCACCCGUUGCGCCACGAGACCGUCAGGAACCGCCAGGAACCGCCUAAGGGGAUCACAAGGGCCCCGCUGCCAGUGGAGUUCAGCCAAUUAGCUAACACGCUGGCCACACUGACGAAGCUCAGGUGGAGGCACCGCCCACCCUCUGACACCAACCACAGCACUGGCCAGCACACGGCCGCCGAAGACAGUACACCAAAUCCACUAAUCUCAACACAAAAUCGGUCCUGGAGACUUCACCAUCCGCUGAAUGUGCGCUUCGAGGACGACAACGACAGAGGAUGGAAAGACGAGACGAGGCCGGCUGAAAGGAAUCAGCGCCUGACGAUCCCAGCACAGGACCAAGACGCCUCGCAAACCAUUCUCAAAGUAGUCGCAGUCAAAAUAAAGUUUGCUGUGUUGACUCUGCCAUUGCGGCACAGCCACUAA